UCGAACGACAUUCUCGACCAUAACGUUUGGAGUUAACACAAUGAAAGCCUUUGCUCUGAUUCUUUUGUGCACAUUUGCCAAUUCCAUCAGUCAGGAACCUGGAGCUGAAAAAGGUGCACCGUCUGAAGAGCCCAAAACAUGUCCACCCAAGCCAUUUUUCGGAGCUUUCGCAAAAAUCGAAAAGGAGUGCCGCGAGAAGGAGAAUAUCAAGGACGAGGAUAUGAAAACGGUUCACGAGAUUUAUCGUACCGGUAAAAUCGCAACGGAACCGAGCGAUGCGAUCAAGUGCUUUCUGACAUGCACGCUGGUUCAACAGAAGAAAUUGACGGAGAGUGGUGCGGCCAAUUUAGAAUGUAUGCAGGACAAUUACGCGAAAGCAGUUGAGAAGCUUAAGGAAUGCAGUCAAAUUAAAAACGAGAAACCGUGCGAGUCUGGGUAUCAGAUGAGCACUUGUCUGCACGAAGUACGUCGCUUAACUAUGGGAUUUUAAGGUAUGGUCGUCUGGUCGUGUCCUGUGCAUUAUUUGCAAAUUCCAUCUAAUGAAAUAAAGCAAUUAUCGUCGGUAA